AUGGUACUUGAGUCUCGUCCACUCACCCACGCUUCGCAGGCUGAGUGGUCCUCGCCCUAUACUCCUGCGUCCGCCCGGCUCCAAGCUGAGAUCCGUGCCGAAUGGAAUCAGUACUUCACAGAUGCCAAUUUUCGAGUUCUCUGCUGCUUGGUUUGCUCUGAGAGGGUCUUCGGGCACGAGGCAUUUUUUUAA